GAAUCUAUUUUUAGGGAAUUGGAGAUUGUUAAAACUAGUUUUACUAAUAUUGAUGAUGCUGAUACUGUCGAUGAUACCAACAUCGAUAAUGAUUCCAAUGUUGAAGACGAUUCUAAUAUCGAAGGUGAUUCUGAUAUAGAUGAUAAUACUAAUAUUUGCGAUGAUCUG